UGCUUGCACUUGAAGCUUUCAGGUUUCCUCCCCAUGGUCCAACUCAUCUAUAUUACUAUACUAUAAAAGAUAUCAUGACGGCAACACCCGAUACUCCUCAACCUAUUUUGCAGUUUGAGCCGUUCAUAAGUGCCGUUGAACCCACAUUUUGGCACACACUUACGAGGAAUAAAAUUGACUUGUACCGACUGGACGAUGCCCCACGAGAAUUAAUGGGCUAUUAUAGCACUGGGCAGAUUGUGAGUGCUAGGGAUAGUACUGUACAGCCGAGUGUUGCGCCCGCGAAGCUUUGCGUCAGUUCUGGUUCUUUUGACGGAAGCUGUCCGCCAUUCACCUUUCCUGCUCCCGGAACCUUGAUAAAUACAAAUACAAUUGAGGAAUUCAAAAAGAUUGAUAAAAUGAAGAUAUUUCGCGACACAGCGGAGCAGAUAUGGUCGGAUAUAGUUUCUGGGAGAGCUGUUACGGAUCCGUCUCUUCUGUGUCGGUUUCUGGUCCUGACAUUUGCUGAUCUCAAACAAUAUCGAUUUCACUAUUGGUUUGGAUUUCCUGCACUACUACCGCCGGAGCCAACAUUAGUGAAACGUACUACUCCCAUCGCUGAGGCUCUCUCCCCAAGCCAGAUCGCAUCUCUCCGAGUUGAAUACGAUGCACUGAAAGGCGGGGACAAGGCUGCAGUCGCCCCGGCAUUCUUUGUGCUCCAUAAAAGGGAUAAUGGCGUCAAGAUAGGAAACUUGAGUGAACUGGACGCAGGCGGCGAUAAGGCUCCGGGCGGUGAGAUCAUGGUCGGAUUCGCUGAUCCGUCUGGUUUGAGCAGUCAUCCUGGAUGGCCUCUACGAAAUUUCUUGAUUUUACUGAAAAAGCGAUGGAAUAUCCAUACAAUUCGCGUCCUAUGCUACCGUGAAAGUCUUGGUAAAGGUGACACUUCAGCGAGUAUUGUACUCGAUAUUGAAAUACCUGGUGAAUUCAAAGUGGAUGAAUGCCCAAAAUCUGUUGGAUGGGAGAAAAACGCAGCAGGGAAACUUGGUUCACGAUUAGCGGAUUUAGCCCCUCUCAUGGAUCCGAAACGAUUAGCAGAUACUGCAGUCGACCUAAACCUGAAGCUCAUGCGAUGGCGCAUCAUGCCUUCCCUGCAUCUGGAGAAAAUCGCGGCUACAAAGUGUUUGCUUCUGGGAUCUGGGACAUUAGGCUGUUACGUUGCACGAUCGCUAAUGGCAUGGGGCAUUCGACACAUUUCCUUUGUUGACAAUGGUCGGGUGUCAUUCUCCAAUCCGGUUCGCCAGCCUUUGUUUACGUUCGAGGAUUCGCUUGACGGGGGCCGACCAAAGGCCGUUGUUGCAGCUGAGAACUUACGAAAGGUCUUUCCGGGGGUGAAGGCUACUGGCUAUAACAUGAGUAUUCCCAUGCCUGGCCACCACUUGGAGUCCGCGGACAAGACAAAAGCUGAUAUUGAAACGCUUCGAGGACUGAUCGAUAGCCACGAUGCAGUUUUUCUGCUUAUGGACAGUCGAGAAAGUAGGUGGCUUCCUACUCUUCUUGGAGCCAGUUUAGGGAAGAUUGUCAUAAAUUCAGCCCUAGGCUUUGACAGUUUUCUGGUCAUGCGUCACGGCAUGCGAGUGCAAGUCCCUAUGACGACAGCCAACAGCAAAACCACAAAUAUACGCUUGGGAUGUUAUUUCUGCAACGAUGUUGUAGCUCCCGCGGAUUCGCUGAGUGAUAGGACGCUUGACCAGCAAUGCACCGUGACGCGUCCGGGAUUGUCAGCAAUUGCGUCUGCCUCCGCAGUUGAAUUACUCAUCUCAAUCCUAAAUCACCCCGAUGGCCCUGCCGCACCUCCUGAUACGACCUUGCUUCCUUCGGAACCCACAUCGCAACCUCUCGGUUUGGUGCCGCAUCAAAUACGCGGUUUUCUGACCCAUUUUGCAAAUUUACUGGUAGUAGGACACGCAUACGAUAAAUGCACGGCCUGUUCAGAUAUGGUCCUUUCGCUAUAUCAAAAGGAAGGAGAUGACUUUCUAUUACGUGCGCUAGCUUCACCAGCUUACCUAGAAGAAGUGACUGGAUUAAAGCAGAUGCAUAAAGAGACGGAGGAGGCAGCCGUUGAAUGGGAUAUUGAUGUUGACGCGGAAGGUUGGUAGUAAUAAAAAAGCAGAUAGGAUCACUAGAAGCCAGUUAGAUUAGGGAACAGAUGGUAUAUGUUGACAAUGGAGAUCACUCCGAUGAACGGGGGAGCGCGCGGAGCUAAGCCAUCCAUCCAAGACACCUAGAUGUAGGUUAGCGGUACCGCGAAACCAUAUGCUCAUUUGUCAUAAUGUCAUGCAUAGCCGCAGUUGGACGAGAGAAAGUAUUGUGUGGUUUUCCUUCUGUUUACAUACAUAUUUGCCAGUCCAUCAUGUACCUCG